CUUGGGAACGCUUUUUACUAAUUAAGGAUGCAAUCGAUAUUGUUGUAACAACAUUGACUGUCUCAAACACACCAGAAGACCGAAAAGAUGCAAAGAGAUUAAAAGAAAUUCAAUUAACAGAUGAUGAAUGA